AGUUGAAGGCAAUGUUCAAAUCUCGUUCCGAUGUGGAUUGCGAAAAGACCAAAGUAGAAUUGCAGGGCAAAAUCGACGAUCUGAACACGGUACAAAACGAUCGCAACGAACUCGAACGCCUUGAGAAUAGACUGCCCGAGUUGCAGUCAGAGUUAGAUACCCAGGAAGCCUCGGUAGAAAGUGCGGAUGUGAAAGUCGACACUGCUACCAACAAAGAUGACAAGUUGCAGACCGAAGUGGAGAACCUUGAAGAGGCUACUCGAAUUGCCAAGCAAUUGGUGACGGCAAUGGAAAGCCUGGAAAAGAUCAACAAGGAGAAGGUGGUUGAGAGUAGCAAAGUGCGUGGCCCCGGAACAACGGUACUAAGCAUCGAUGAACUGAAUGCUAUAUUGGAAAGCGAGGCUGAGAAGAAGAAAAGCAACGAUGCCAAGCUCAGAGAAAUCGACCAGCAAAUGUUUGCCUACGAAAGGGAGGUCAGUGCGCUCGACACGAAGAUUAUGCAGGCUACGCAUGAGGUGCAGCAGAUCAAAGCGACUGUGUCCAAACGAGAAGACUUGGAGAAGCGCCGAAUAGAUUUACAGGCAGAAAUGGAUGAGCACGAGGUUACCAUAUCGACCGCCAUGGUUUCUGUGAGACCCCUAGAGGACCAAAUCACAAAACUCAAAGCCGACACAACACGCGCGACCAAAGAACUACAACGAAUGUCGUCGAUCGCCGAGCAGGGCUACCAGGAGAUGUGCAGACAAGCAGAUCGAUACCAGGAGGUUAUAACGCAAUUGCAGAGAUUCGAUGCAGCGAAGAACAGCCAACUAGUCGAAAUCAACAGACAGGCAACAAUACAGCUGCAAUCCAAGGUCGAGAAACACUCAGCUCUACUAGAGGAGCUAUCUACUAAGCUGGCGAAGGCCCGUGAAUCUCUGUCGAACCAAGCGAUAUAUAAGAAGGACAUCGAGGCGAACCUACGACUGCGUAAAGAGAAAAAAGAGCAGCAGGCCGUAACGGAGCGCAUUGAUGAGUUGACAGUCAAACUGAAUGCGUCGAAACGAGACGAGAUGUACGACAAGCAUCAGCACCUCGUGGAGGAGUUGGAGCAGAACCAGCGCAGUGCUCAACGGCUGGACGGAGUCUUGGAGGAAAUCCGGAACUCGAUCCGGGGCACUGACAAUAUGUUGAACGCAGAACUUUACCGCGACAUUGAUAAGCGCUGCAUAAACGAGAAAGCCACUAUGGAGUCACUGACCGCAGUGGAAAAGGAAUUGGGUGAGUAUUACAAGCUGUUUGACGACGCCAUCAUGCAAUACCACCGAUUGAAAAUGAAGGAGAUCAACAAAGUCAUUGCUGAGCUAUGGACAUCCACCUAUACCGGCACAGAUAUUGAUACGAUCGAGAUUAACUCCGAAUCCGAUGGGUCAGUGAGCGCCGCUCGACGUACGUACAACUACCGGGUGGUGAUGCGCAAAGGCACCGCUGAUCUGGACAUGAAGGGGCGCUGCAGUGCUGGACAAAAGGUAUUAGCAUCGCUGGUGAUUCGCUUGGCCCUUGCGGAGACCUUCUGCAUUAACUGCGGUAUCAUUGCUCUUGAUGAGCCCACGGCAAAUCUGGAUAAGCUCAACCUCAAGAACUUUGCCGAGUCACUGAACAACAUCAUCGACACCCGGAGGAGGCAGAAAAACUUCCAGAUGAUUAUCAUUACACACGACAAAGACUUCCUGCAAGUGAUUGGACAGUACCAAAAGAUUGAGAAAUAUCUGAAGGUUUACCGAGAUGAAAGACAAAAAACUAAAGUGGUCGAGGCGGAUCUGUGGGAAUCUUGAAGUUGGCACUAUACUGCCCUACUUGCCUGUCGCAGGAUAGACCUUCUGCACCCAUCUGUGUGUGCGUGAGUCAAUAACGCAUCGGCGCGCUUACAUAUAGAUGCACUCAUGUGUGUGCCGUGUACGUGUACGUGCUCGAGCAAGUACAAACACAGCGUGUAGCACGGAGCAUCCUUACAACUGCCCACUCGUACACGCAUCUCCCCAAGUCGGACACUCUGCCGCGAAGAAAGUAGAGACAUAACUAUGACCUUGCUAUCGUCACCAUGCAUGCAAUACUUGAAUACCUACACGCACAAGUACAUACAGAAUAGCCAAUACUGAACCAAUCUACCUGCAUACACGCACGUUCGUGCGUGUAUGUGCGUGUGUACGUAGGCAAAUACACCUACAAAACGCGUUGUACAAGCUCUGCGGCAGUCGAAGGCCGGAUGAGAGUUAAUAAAGCUGUAUAAAAUACAACA